CACAUUACUUCCCGUUCUGUACUUGGAACUGGACGUGAAACUUUCACGUAGGCUUGGUUGCGUUUCGGGUUUGUAAAUUAUAUAAUCGUGACUGAGUCUUUGAACGUUACUACUACUAUUAUUAUUAAAAUCUGUAUAGCUAGUAACUCAGUUGUGCAAGAGACCCAGGCUUGUUGAAAUCCGUUGGUUACUUUGUUAUGCUCCUUUUGGUUGGAAGAACAAACGUAAACACAACAAGGGCGAAGUGAACUUUUCUCUCCAAGAAACCAAAAGGAAAAUGGAGCUUCCACCAAACCCCGUAGAGCCUGAACAGGAGGCUUUGACGCUGACGAUCAAAACCCCCAAUCAAGCGUUCGAGGACCAGACCGUGCGGGGAGUGCUGCUGACUUGGACCGUGAAGGAGCUGAAGACGCAUUUAACGAGGAUCUACCCCAGCCACCCGCCUGAAAAAGACCAAAGGCUGAUCUAUUCAGGGAAACUGCUCCCAGACCAUCUGCACAUGAAGGACAUCUUUCGUAAGUCGGACACGCAGCCUACUCUUCACUUGGUGUGCAGCUUUAAGCCCCCAUUGGAUUUGCAUCAACCCACACAAGCCAAGCUUACAGAAAGGAAUCCACGUGUGGACUCUGCCCCUCGCACUCCCAGCCAGGCUGUAGGAGCUGUCUCCCCUUCAGCUGCAGGAGACGGAUUGAGACACAGAGGAAACCUGCAGGAUGGAGCUGCCGCCUGGACACCCCCAGUGCUGCACACGGGAGGAGAUCAGCAGUCACAUCCUGGCUUGGCAGCUUAUUCCAUGUACAACCCACAGCAGCUUCUCUGGCUUCAGCAGAUGUAUGCACGACAGUACUACAUGCAUUACCAGGCUGCUCUUGCAGCUGCCGCCGCCGCCUCCCCUCCGGCCCCCAGCCCCCAGUCUCUGCCUGUGGUGCCCCCCGGCGCCCCCGCCCUGGCUGACCAGGCCCCUGUCAACCAGAACAUCGCGCCGCCCGCACCCGUCAACCCAGGAGCCAAUCAGAACCUGCGCAUGAACGCCCAGGGUGGGCCGGUGAUGGAGGAGGAGGAGGAGCUGAACAGGGAUUGGCUGGACUGGCUCUACACUGCCUCUCGCUUCUCCGUCUUCCUCAGCAUCCUGUACUUCUACUCCUCCGUGAGCCGCUUCGUGAUGGUCAUGAGUGCCCUGAUGGUCCUGUACUUGUACACUGCCGGUUGGUUUCCGUUCAGACAGAGACCCGCACGACCGGUUCCCAACAAUCCAGUCCUGGCACAGGCAGCCGAAGACAUCCAAAACCAGGAAAACCAAAACCGCAACGACGCUCCAGAGGACGUGUCUGGGGAGGAGCAGGGACAGACAGAGGCUCUGCUCGCAGCCACGCUCCCAGAGAGACGCUCGGUGUUCAACACAGCCUGGAUCUUCUUCAAGACCUUCUUUUCCUCUCUCAUACCCGAAGGACCUCAAGCGAUCGCAAACUAACAAGGAGAGCAGCGGUCUGAUGUAAACUGCAUUGCACAGACGUGCUGAUAUGUACCCCGCUGGCGUCUCCACCAGUUGGCAGCACGGCACAGUAAGUGGCAGGGGUUCCAAUGUAGCUGGCUAUCGCUCCCCCUCCACGCCCAUUUUAUACCUGAUCUCAAUGUGCGAUGAGGCAGUCUGGACUCUGGAUGUGAUAAACAUUUAUAUAUUUGAUACUAUUGAAUGCCAUCAUAUUACAAUACAGUACAGUCCAUUUCUACUGUUAUUCAUGCAAACAACAACACUGUCACUGAAGCAAAGCCCAUAUCUUCAAUCAAACCUUUAUUUUAUAUUGUAUACCUGUAUAUACUGUAAAUAUAUGCACUCUGGGAAAUAAGUACCGGUGUACAGUAUCAGCACAGCACUUUAUGUUCACGACCAAACGUAAAAUCUCCGUGCCAUAUUUUACCCCUGUAAAAGCACCACAGAUUUCUUUUUUCAAAGUCUUUAUUAUUUUUUUUUUGUGCUACAUUGCAGUCUGAGAUCGGUACACCACUUCUUCAGUAUUGUAAUCAAGCUUUGUUGAUCAACCUACACAGACAGUGCUCCCACUUUCACUAUCUGAAUCUGAAAAAAAAGUAAUGAAUUAGCGAAGACCCUUUUUAGAGUCCAGUACAUUGCUUGUGCCGUGCAAUGUACUGUCAGCAGGGCAAAAUUGUGAAUGAACCAGACAUGUGAGAUAACAUGGGAGCGCUGUGUGUAACUUUUCAGUGUAGAGCAGAAACGCUUGGGCGCUUGCUGCAGUGUCUUUUAGUUUAUUAGGUCAUUAGAUACCGCUAGGUCCCCAGUGCCAGUGUUGUAGGGGUCUUUAUCAUUUCAAACGAGGACAAGUGCGUUACUAGAGCAGAACUGCAAUUCUACACCGUUACCUGGAGCGUUGCAAAGAUAACCGGUACAGCGAUUCUGUUCCAGCAAAUUUCAACAUCGUAAAUAAAACAGAAUCUUACUAUUAACUGUAAAUGUAGGAAAAAUUAUAGUAAGGAUUAGUUUAACUGUACAUUUUGUAUAAAUUCUUUCUUUGAGAAGAGGCUGGAUCUGUAGUUGUGUUAUAUGCUAUAUAAUCAUGGCAAGGCUCUCUUUAUCUAAACUGAAGGUGUAUCUGUUUAUUUUCUAACAGUACCCACUGGAGAGGUUUGGGUGAAAGGGGCUCUGGUCUAUCUCUAUAUAGUAUAUACACAAGCAAUGCAAUCCCAGCUCCUGUUGUAAUUGUUCCUGGUCAGUCAGCUGCUACCAGCGAGUCAGCUGUUGUUUGUCGCCUGUAUGCAGCUCUUUGUUAUAAACGAUCUUGAUAAAAUAAUUCAAUAUGUUUGUGGAAAGCUUUAUUAAUUAAUAAAGGUGCAUUUUGCGUCAA